UAUUAUUAUCAAGGUCCUUGCCUUCUACUUCCUCUCUGGGGAUGGGGUGGGGUAGGGGGGACCAAGCAUCUUUAUAAGGUAAUAGUUUUUCUAACUUCUGUAUCUAUCAUCAAAAUAAAGCACAGCUGUUUAGGCAAGCGGACUCUGGUCUUAGGAAUGAGAUCCUCUUCUUUAGCUCUGAAAUCAAGUUUUCCUUCUCCCGCUACCAGGAAUUCUCCCUCAUCUUGCAACGCAGCACCCACAGCGACGAGGAUAAUUGUGCAAGAUCCCCCCUCCCCCCCCAACCUCGGGUAUAGCUUUGCUCCAGAGCAACAGGUAUCCUAGAACGAUCAACAAGCCCAUGGGGACUGCAGGUCACUUGCUCUCAACCUGGAGAGCAAAUGCAGCCUAAAUGAAAAGGGCAUUCUCAGUCUCAGCUCGGAGGGCGCUGUCAAGCCCUGGGCGCCGGCGCUCACAUCUCCCCUCUCAGCGAACCCCAAAGCCGCCCCGGGAAGACCCGGCGACCAGGACGACGGAUCCAGAGGCCACGCGUCCUUGGGGGGCGGGGGCGGGAGUCCCAAGGGUGUGCAGGAAGUCGUUCCAUAAGAGCCACCUGGGCACGUGCGUGACACUCACCUGUUCACACUCUCCAGGCCCGGGAGAGCCGCGGUCCCCUGCAAGUUCGGAAUCGGUCCCCGCGAAGCCCUCCCACGCUGCGCAGCCCAGCCUGGGGCUCGCGUUCCCGCGGCUGCGAUCGCCAGUGGGAGCCGCGGCGGCGGCGGCGGCGGCUGCAAGUGCUGACGGGCCGGUGGGGGUCUCUGCGCUCGCGCUCGCCCAGACUAGCGGCCGAGGGACUGCGGCAGGACGCGAGCUCAGACCGGCCGGGGCCGCCGCUCUGCCGCCAGGAUGCUGCAGUGCGGCGCGUCGGCGCCCCCUACUGGGGCCCUGGGCCGGUACCUCUCGCGACGCCGCCUCCCAGCCCAGAGGAGACACAUCCGCCUUCUGCGUGCUGCAUCCCAGGCUGGCUUCCCUUUCCCGGGGUCCUUCCCGGCCUCUAGGUUCUCGAAGAAGGACCUCUCCUGUAGGUUACAACUUUGCGUGUGAAAGCAUCGCUACGUCGUGUCUUCCAUUCCUUACUUCAAAUGGUGCUCACAACAUCCCUCUGAGGCAAAGAUUCUUUAAGCGAAAUGAGUUCGAUGAAGCAAAAUUAAGAUGGCUGCCCAACUACUAGAAUGAAGACAACAGAAAACCGUUAAAAGGAAGAAACUUUUUAGGUAAUGGCCGGGAAUGAACUCCAAGGUACGUUGUUACAUGAAGAAGAAACAGUAGGUGAAUAUGAUACAAUUUGUACUUAAAAAAAAUUUUCUUCCAACCACGCAUGAGUUCUCAUACAUCCAUCGUCUGUCUCUGGAAGGAGGAUACUUGGUACAGUGGUUUCCUCUGGGGAAAGGAACUGAGGCUUGGAGAGAUAUUUACCUUUCAUUAUGUACUCAUUUAUGCCUUUUUAAUAUUUUAUUAUGUUCAAGUAAUUCUUGUAAAAAUUCUAAAUUUAAGUAAAACCACAAAAAGCAUCAGGAGAUAACAUAACCUUUUGAGAAUUGCUGUUCUUUUGACAGAUUGGAGAAAACUCCUUAGUGCUGACCUUCCUCCCACACUCUUGGCAACCAUCAGUAGCCUGCAAAUCUAUCAUUCCUGACUCCUUUGGACUUGAAACUGUAGUGACUCCUGGCAACCUUAGGGAACAUUGCCCCUGGUCCCGUUGCUAAUAAACAACUCUUUGACAUGGUUCUGCUUCCCCAUUUCCUGGAAAUGGAGCCAUCCAGGUUGACUAAGCACCAACCAAACCCCCCUCAAAUUUACCACUUGUGCCUGGAUCUACUCUCCCGAGCCUGAAAGUCUAGCCAAACUUUCUGGAUGACUGGUCCUGGUGCAGCACGCAUGGAGAAAAUCUGCAGAAGUCAGCCAAGAUGUAUGGUUGGUAAAGGAGUGAGAUGAGAACAAAGAGUAGUGAAAUUUCAAAUGUGUAUGUCUACAAUGAAGGAUUUUAAAGAAACGAAGAAUUUUUUUUCUAAUUCAUGUUUAUUGGAACAAAUUAUUAGUAAUUUUUAUGCCAGCUAUCUAGUUAGAUCAAGCUCUACUGUGACCAGAACUGAUUUUCACAAACAUGAAAGCAGGUGCAAACAACUUAAAAAUAGCCUUGAAUGGCAAUGAUAACUGUUCUAUGUGAUCAAGAAAGCAUAUCUUUGUGCCAGAAAGCCCCUUUCCUACUUGGCAAGGUCCUAAAUACCACUGCUCACGAAAAGAGUUGAUGCAUUAGUUGGAAUUUCUAGGAUUCCAAUGUUUAAAAUUGUUUACUAAUGUUUAGAAAAUGCUAAAAAUUAUCUUUCAGUUCAAGAUGGCUUCACAGACAAUAAUUGUUGUUCUGGUGAUACAUUAAAUGUUGUUCAAGGGCGCUUGGGUGGCUCAGUUGGUUAAGAGUCCAACUUUUCAUUUCAGUUUAGGUCAUGGUCUCAUGGGUCGUGAGUUUGAGCCUGUGUCAGGCUUUGCGCUGACAGAGAGGAGACUGCUUGAGAUUCUCUCCCUCUUUCUGUCUCUGCCCCUCU